CAGACCAGGUUCACGAGACCCCGUUCCCGAAGAAGGCAAAGCUGGAGGUUCCGAAAUUCACCGGGAAGGAGGACCCGUAAAUACACGUCAAAACCCUCCAUCAAAGUGGGAGAAUGAUGGGUCUUUCCGGGGAUGAAAAAUGUAUGCUUUUCUUCCAGACCCUCCGCGGCCGGGCCGCUGAGUGGUUUCACAACCUCCCGGCCGGCGAGAUCGAUUCUUUCGAUGAACUGGCCGAGGUGUUCCAGGAAAAGUUUAAGGAGAACUGUACCAAGAGGAAAAAGUUUACUUACUUGAGUACAACCGGGCAGAGGGAGCACGAGGAUCUAACCAAGUUCCUCACCCGGUGGAAGGAUGAGGUGGAUAAAGUGGAAGAAAUGGAUGACAAAACUGCAAUGUCCCUGCUGGUCUCCGGACUUUGUUCUGGAGAAUUAUAUAAAGAAUUCUGCCGGAGACCUCCCCAGUCAUACCAGGAGGCCUACAACACGGCCUGGGAUUAUGCUGACGCCGAAGCACAGGUGUCAUCGAAGAGGGAGGCCGAGCAGGGCCAUUGCAAGGGAAGGAUUUCCUUGAAAAAGGAAAUCGAACUACCCGGCAGGGUAAAGGCAGAAGUCUUAGAGGGGGUAAUAAAGCAGAUGAUUGAGGCUGGAGAGCUCGAUCCAGAGUAUUUGGCUCAGGCGAAAUCAAAGAAAAACCAAUGGGUCAGGCCCGAAGGACAACCGGCCGAGCAGAAUAAGAAGAAGAAAUCCUCUAGCAAGGAGCACCUGCAGGUCAUCUAUGGUGGACCGGAAGGUGGAGAUUCUGCUUCUCAAAGAAAGAAGUGGGGAUGGGAACUUUACGUCGGCACGGUUGCCCUGGAUCCCCGAAGGAAACAAACCAGAAGGGAGCCGAUCACUUUCACAGACCGAGAUCUUCCCGCCACCGGGGAAGACCACAAUGAUCCUCUGGUUAUAACUAUGGACAUGGGUGGAGUCGAUGUUUCCCGGGUACUUGUUGACACGGGCAGUAGUGUCAACGUUUUGUACUUGGAGGCCUUUGAGAAACUCAAGCUGUGUCGAACGCGGCUUGAGCCCUUAAAGACUCCCCUGUCCGGGUUCACCGGUGAUUCUGUGGAAGCUGAGGGAUCAACCCUUCUAACUUGCGAAUUGGGCACGGGGGACAAGUUCUAUACCCCGGGCGGUAUAGGACAAGUCAGAGGAAAUCAGAAGAAGGCCUGGUCUUGUUACUUGGAGGCUGUAAAGAAGAUGACCAAGGCAUUUGAGAGGGUUACCUUGAUUUCCCAGGAAGAAGAUCGGUCAAAGCUGAAACCGGGUGAUGAGACCGAGCAGAUUGUUCUCCGGAAAGCUUUCUCGAAAAAGAUGGUGAGGAUAGGUCGGGAUUUGCCCGGAGGACUUCGAGAGGAAAUCAUCUCAGUCCUUCGGGAGUACGCAGAUAUAUUCGCUUGGAAUGUGGCGGAUAUGCCAGGCAUCGACCGUUCGGUCAUAUGCCACCGGUUGGCUGUGAUGGAAGAAUUCCCAAGGUUUAGAGAGACUGUGUAUCAGCCCGGUCAGAACGAAGCCGAUCACCUAGCUGAGUUAAAUCUGGUGGAAGAACGAAGGACCAUGGCAGCUGUCAAGAUGGCCGGUUACCAGCAGUCAGUAAAGAGAUAUCACGACAAUCGGGUGGGUCCACGGUACUUCUAAGUGCAUGAUGAGGUCUUACGCAAAAGGGAUGCCAGCAAGCCUAAUGAAAGGGGUAAGCUAGUGCGUAACUGGGAAGGACCCUAUCGCAUAAGGGCGAUCAUCCGACCGGGCACUUACUAGCUGGAAACCAUGGAAGGUGGACGAGUUGACCUACAUUGGAACUCUCACCACUUACGUAAAUUUUUUAGAUAAAGUGUAAUGAGUUCUUGGUUAUGAAUAAAACUUUGUUCUUUUC